GAGUGGUUGCUGAAGGUGUGCAAGGGUUAAGGGAAGGGUUCAAGCGCUGGGCAGGCCCAGCUCCACAGCAUUCUCGUCGAGACUGCACGUACGCACGCACGCACGCACACACGCACACUGCUCGGACGUGCUGCAUGGAUCGAGGCUGCGCGAGCGUGACACGGUGCGCCGAAGGCAUGAGGGAUGUGUAGGGCAGCUGCGCGACACCUGUCCUACGGACCUUACCGAGCGAACACGCUGUGACGGCGGUCGGAGAGGAGCAGACGAGCACGAGCCCCGGGAGCGGCGGAGGCGCGAGCUGUGAGUCCGCGGCGGACGGCACGCGGAAGUAUGUGUAAGCACCUGAGCAUUGGCAACACACAGUGAUGGAACUGGGCAGACAGCUGUGUGGGAAGAUGAAGACAAGGAAGACUGACGCACCAGUGCAAGCUCUUCUGAGAGGUCUUGAGGUGCAUUUCUACCUACCGGACACCUCCCAUUUGGAAUACAUGAAGGACAGCCUCUCAGUCGAGGACCUGUGCAUAGAGGCUGCCAAGAAGUGUCGUAUUUCCCCUCUGUGUCACAACCUGUUUGCGCUGUACGACGAGAGCAAAGGUGUGUGGUACCCGCCCAGUCACGUGUUCCAGAUCGCCGAGGACACUGCCCUGAAGCUGCACUACCGCAUGCGGUUCUACUUCACAAACUGGCACGGCACUAGCGAGAGCGAGGCUCUUGUGUGGAGGCACUCUCUCAGCAAACAGAGGCCUGGCACUGACUCCCAGAAGAUCCCUGCAGGAACCCCGCUGCUAGAUGGUGCCUCCCUUGAGUACCUGUUUGCACAGGGCCAGCAAGACUUCCUGAAAGGCUUGGCCCCUGUGCGGCGUCCCCAGGAUGAGGCUGAAGUCCAUGAUAUCGAGAACGAGUGUCUGGGCAUGGCAGUGCUUGCCAUCUCACACUAUGCCAUCAGCAGGAACCUGCCACUGUCUGGUGUAGCGAGAGACAUCAGCUACAAGAAAUACAUUCCAGAAAGCCUCAACAGAUCCAUCAAGCAGCGCAACUUGCUCACCCGCAUCCGUAUCAAUAAUGUCUUCAAGAAUUUCCUCAAUGAGUUCAACAACAAGACCAUCUUGGACAGCAAUGUCACUGCACAUGACCUGAAAGUCAAGUACCUGUCCACUCUGGAGACCCUGACUGAGAACUUUGGUAGCGAGGUCUACGAGCCCCGUGCUCUUCAGAUCUGUUCCGAGAGCGAGGGGACCUUGCAGGGGGAUCAUUCGCUGUAUGAGGUCCAGGUGUUGGGGAACAAAGGGAUCUUCUGGCGCAAGAAGCCAGUCAGUAGUCCAUUGAUAACAAAAGAGAAGCAGAAAUCAAAGAAGAACAAGGGAGUCAGCAAACUGGAGAAGGAGAAAAGGAGAAAUGCCAGUGAUGACUGGGUGCUGUUUUCAGAUUUCCAUGAAAUCACACACAUUGUCACCAGAGAGUCCACCGUAACCAUCUGCAAGCAAGACAACAAAAAUAUGGAGCUCCAGCUAACCUGCAGGGAGAAGGCCUUGGCCCUGGCUGCUCUGGUGGACGGCUACUUCCGACUGACCGUCGAUGCCCACCAUUAUCUGUGCAAGGAUGUGGCUCCUUCUUCUGUGGUCCAGAACCUGCACAAUGGUUGCCAUGGCCCUAUCUGUACGGAAUAUGCCAUUCACAAGCUGCGACAGGAGGGCAACGAAGAGGGCAUGUAUGUGCUGCGUUGGAGUUGCACCAACUACAACCACAUCCUCAUGACUGUCGUCUGCAGCGAGACAGGAUCGUGCCUCUCUAAACAUGGCCGGCAGUACAAGAAUUUCCAAAUCGAGGUGGAGGAGGAGGGCUACCGGCUCUGUGGGACGCCGGGCCUGUGGCCUACGCUGGCCGAGCUGAUGGGGCACUUAGCCAGGCAGUGCCUGCGCACGGACGAUGUCAGCUUCCAGCUGAGAAAGUGCUGCCGCCCCCAGCCCAGAGAAAUAUCCAACUUGCUGGUGGUGACGAGAAACAGAGUCCACGACUUGCCGAGCCCCCUGCAAGUCAGCCAGCUAAGCUUCCACAGAAUCCUCAAAGAGGAGAUAGUCCAGGGGGAGCACCUGGGUCGUGGCACUAGAACCAACAUCUAUGUCGGCACGCUGAAGGGGAAGCCUGAAGAUGGUGAAGAGUACAACGGCUAUCAUUUCAAUCAGAAUAUGAAAGUGGUCUUGAAGGUGCUGGAUACCAGUCACAGAGACAUCUCCAUGGCCUUCUUCGAGACUGCCAGCAUGAUGCAGCAGAUUUCCCACAAGCACAUUGUCCUGCUUUACGGUGUCUCCGUGCAGGAUCAAGACAGCAUCAUGGUGGAGGAGUUUGUCCAACUGGGGCCACUCGACCUCUUCAUGCGCAGGCAGCGCAGUUCCCUAUCCAUGCCGUGGAAGUUCCAGGUGGCCAAGCAGCUGGCCAGCGCCCUCAGUUACCUGGAGGACAAGAAGCUCGUCCAUGGCUAUAUUUGCACCAAGAAUAUCCUGCUAGCUCGCGAUGGCCUUGACAGCAAAGGGGGACCCUUCAUCAAGCUGAGCGACCCAGGCAUCCCCAUCACAGUGCUCAGCAGAGAGGAGUGUGUGGAUAGGAUCCCGUGGAUCGCCCCUGAGUGCAUCAGGAACAUGGCAGAGCUGAGCAUAGCGGCCGACAAGUGGAGCUUCGGCACAACCCUGUGGGAGAUCUGCUACGACGGCGAGACGCCCCUGAAAGACAAGAAGCUCACAGAGAAGGAGCAGUUCUACGUAGCGGAGUGUGCGCUGGCCACGCCUGACUACAAGGAGCUGGCGGAGCUCAUGAUGCACUGCAUGACCUAUGACCCCUGCAAGAGGCCUUUCUUCAGGGCCAUCGUGAGGGACCUGGAGAUGCUAGAGGAGCAAAACCCCUCCAUCAAACCAGUGCCCACCCUGGAAGUGGACCCCACAGUAUUCGAGAAGCGCUUCCUGAAGAAGAUCAGGGACCUUGGGGAGGGCCACUUUGGCAAAGUGGAGCUGUGCAGGUACGACCCUCAGGGCGACCGCACCGGUGAGUUGGUGGCUGUCAAGUCCCUGAAGCCAGAAAAUCGGGAGGAGCAGAGUGGCAACCUACAGUCCGAGAUCAACAUCCUGAGGGAGCUGUACCAUGAGAACAUUGUCAAGUACAAGGGUAUCUGCAGCGAGGAGGGAGGGAGGUCCAUCAGGCUCAUCAUGGAGUACCUUCCGGCCGGCAGCCUGAAGGAGUACCUGCCCCGGAACAAGGCGCACACCGACCUGAAGAGGCUGUUGAAUUACGCUGUGCAGGUCUGCAAGGGAAUGGAUUACCUGGGGUCCCGAAACUACAUCCAUAGGGACUUGGCGGCCCGGAACGUCCUGGUGGAGAACGAGAACACUGUUAAGAUUGGAGACUUUGGCCUCACCAAGAGCAUAAAGGACAAUGAGGGCUACUACACCGUGAAGGACGACCUGGACAGCCCCGUCUUCUGGUAUGCCCCUGAGUGUCUGGUCCACUGCAAGUUCUACAGGGCAUCAGACGUCUGGUCCUUUGGAGUCACCCUGUAUGAGCUGCUCACCUACUGCGAGUCCAACUCCAGCCCCAUGAUGGUGUUCAUGAGGAUGAUCGGCCCCACCCACGGACAGAUGACCGUUACGAGGCUUGUGAGAGUGCUGGAGGAGGGCAAGAGGCUCCCCCGCCCAGCCCACUGCCCAGAAACGGUUUACUCCCAGAUGAGAAGGUGUUGGGAAAGCUCUCCAGAGAAGCGGAUCGAUUUCAAAGGGCUGAUCGAGGCCUUUCAGCAGCUGCUGAUGGACAUGAAGUAAAUGGCCCCGAAAGGACUGAGCCUAUUUUCAAGGCUCCACAAGGCCAAGGCUUUCUUCUGUUAGCACCUACAUAUGCAAGACUUGUACUGCGUACCCUCUACUUUAACUGCAGGAAUGCAGAAUGCAAGACCCCACUGUACACUUGUAGAUGUGGCGCUGUUGAUCACUUCAUUGUAAAUAUGAAAAGGGAAGGAAUCCCUUUUUCCAUGGGAACACUUACCAUUGGCAUUAAUUUUUGUUUUGCUUAAAUGCCCUUUUUACCCAAUAAAGAUGUUUUUGUAUG